AGUUUCACCAGAAGUGGUCCCGCCAUGCCAAUUGGAUCGUACACUGAGUUUAUCUGACUGACGAUAUCGCGUUUUGUGAGCUUUUCUUUGGACGGGAUGUCUACCCUCAAAGCGGAUGGCUUGGUUGACAAGCUGCGAGUUGGAAAUGUACUCGCGUCGUCGAAUUGCUUAUCCAGCUUGUCUACCAAGAUCUGGAGUGCGUCUCUGCUCUCCCUGAUGAGCUCAAUUCCUCCGCUGAUCAGGUCUGCAGCAUUGUAAAGCUCAUCGAGCUGUUUCGUCUCAUUCCCGCUGGUCGAGACCCCUUCGGAGUAACCUCUGUAUUUUUCCACCAAGGUACCCAAGGAUUUAGCACUGUAUGCUAUUGGUUUUUUGUGUAAUGUGAAUGCCAUUAUCACUUUUUGCUUUUUUUUCGGCUUAAGUGCUUUGCUUUUGCUUUAACUUACAGCCUACUUUAUUGUAGCGUAUGUGUUGCCAGG